GACAAAAUACGUCAUCUCAUAAAAAAAGGUUCAUAUAUGAAUUGAUACUAUAUCUUGUAAUAUCGUGUCAAUUAUUCCAAAAACUAGAAAUCAAAAAUCCGUAUUUCAAGCAUUAAACCUAUUUUUCCCGAAACAUGAAGAAAACUUGCGAAUUGCAGGAGCUGUUCGAUGGCCUGAGCCAGACUUUUGCCAAAUAUAAGAACUCGCGCAAUUAUGAAAUGGUCCAGAUCCUGAAUCGGGUGCGCUGCUGCGAGUGUGGCCACAAAAUGAGAGUUAAUAAGGCCCGACAGAUAAUGCCACGAUGUCCGACAUCCACGUCCAAGGAUCUUCGGACCCGCUAUCUCGUCAUCUUUUGCUUCCUUCUGCUAUUUUUGAUCUCAAUAUAUACGGUUCAUGUGGCUCGGAGAUAUAAUCAUGUGCGGGCCUAUGGGAGUAGUGCCUGCGUAUCGACCUUCUUUUAUACCUAUACCGAUUGCGAUGUGUUCUACUAGUGACUCCACUUAUAACCUUCACUUA